AUUGCUAUUUUCACAGCCUUCGUCUUUGUUUUCCCUUCAAAUACUUUUUGGUCUCUCUUUAACACCAACAAGCAUUAGGGUUUUAGAUUUUCUUUAUCUUUUUUGGAUCUCGCCGUUUUUUGAGCAAUCUUUGGACAUUUCAUAGAUUCUCUGGUUAAUUUUAGGGUUUCCAGAUCUAUUCAGCUCGUCUGCUUGAUCGUUGCUUCUUGUUACCAUGUUUUGGAGUCUCACAUCUCUCUCUGCUUCUUCUCCCGUGGAGUCGAUUUUAGACAAGGAAAACUUUACUUUGGAAGAGCUUCUCGACGAGGAAGAAAUAAUCCAAGAGUGCAAAGCUUUAAAUAGUCGACUCAUCAAUUUUCUGCGAGAUAGAGCUCAAGUUGAGCAGUUAUUACGGUAUAUUGUCGAUGAACCUUCAGAAAAUGCUGACAGCAAACGGACCUUCAAAUUCCCAUUCAUUGCCUGCGAGAUCUUUACAUGUGAGAUCGAUGUUAUUCUGAAGACUUUAAUCGAGGAUGAAGAGUUGGUGAACUUGCUUUUCUCCUUCUUGGAACCUAACCGUCCUCACAGUGCUUUGCUAGCUGGUUAUUUCAGUAAGGUUGUUAUAUGCCUUAUGCUACGGAAGACUAUUUCACUUAUGAAGUACGUCCAAGCACAUCAAGAUGUGUUGCGCCAACUGGUUGAUUUGAUAAGAAUAACAUCCAUCAUGGAGGUUUUGGUUCGGUUAGUAGGUGCUGAUGAUCAUGUUUAUCCUAAUUUUUUGGAUGUAAUGCAAUGGUUAGCUGAUAGCAAUUUGCUGGAAAUGAUCGUGGAUAAAUUGAAUCCAUCUUGUGAACCUGAGGUUCAUGGUAAUGCAGCAGAAACAUUAUGUGCAAUAACACGGAAUGCGCCCUCACCUUUAGCCAAUAAGCUCUCUAGUCCAAGUUUUGUUGCAAGGAUAUUUGGUCAUGCAUUGGAAGAUUCACAUUCAAAAUAUGGCCUUGUACACUCUCUCUCAGUUUGUAUCUCAUUGUUGGAUCCAAAGAGAUCAGCUAUUGCUUCUCCCUUAAUGCAUUAUUUCGGAAAUCAACAUAUGUAUGAGCCUCCAAUCCCUGUAAAUCCAGAGACUAUCAAUGCAAUGCUCCCUAAGCUUGGUGAAUUACUCAUACUUUUGAAUGUUUCAUCCGAUGAGAAGAUUUUGCCUACCACAUAUGGAGAACUGAGGCCGCCUCUGGGGAAGCAUCGCCUGAAGAUUGUGGAGUUCAUUGCUGUCCUGUUGAGAACAGGAAAUGAAGCUGCAGAGAAGGAAUUGGUCAGCUCAGGAACCAUUCAACGAGUUCUUGAUCUUUUCUUUGAGUAUCCAUUCAACAAUGCAUUACAUCAUCAUGUUGAGAAUAUAAUAUUAUCAUGUCUGGAGAGCAAGAAUGAUGCAAUACUUGAUCACCUUCUCCACAAGUGUGAUUUAAUUGGGAGAUUUCUCCAAACUGACAAGCAACCAAUUCUUUCUGGUGACAAUAAUCUGCCAAUUUUACCUGCUGCUGGAAAACGUGCACCACGGGCAGGAAACAUUGGACACAUUACACGUAUUUCAAACAAACUUAUACAGUUGGGAAGCAGCAACAGCUGUAUUAAGGCAUAUCUACAGGAAAAUAGCGAAUGGAAUGAAUGGAAAGCAAAUAUUCUGCUAGAACGUAACGCAGUUGAAAAUGUUUAUCGAUGGGCUUGUGGUCGCCCAACAUCAUUGCAAGACAGAACACGGGACAGUGACGAGGAUGAUAUUCAUGAUAGAGAUUAUGAUGUUGCAGCUUUAGCAAAUAACCUAAGUGAAGCUUUCAAAUAUAAAAUCUAUGGCAAUGAUGAUAACGGAGACCAUGGUGCUCUUGAUCGAGAUGAUGAUGAUGUAUACUUUGAUGAUGAACCUGCUGAGGUUGUCAUAUCAUCCUUGAGGCUUGGUGAUGAGCAGGGGAGUAGUCUUUUUACAAAUUCCAACUGGUUUGCCUUCCAAGACGACAGAACCGGUAAUGCACCAACAGGCAUAUCCCCUUCAGAGAUGAUGCAUGAGAUUAACUUGAACGGCACUGCAAAUGGUGGUAACAGCAGUAGUGAUGAUGAGGUGGUAGUUGGAGAGGAGGAUGAGGUGAAUGAUAAUGGCACGUGUACUUCCAACCCGAUGACUGGAUUGAACAACGAUUCCAUGAUCGAUGGAGACACACCAGAAGAAAAAAACAUGUUUGGAGCUAGACCUGUACUUGAGUGGGUGGAAUGGGGAGAACCUUUGGAUCUGCAAGUAGGCGGUUCGAGCAGGAAUCCAUUUCUUGAUGACGACAGCUCAGGGUUCAACCUACCGAGUCAUACUGAUUCGGCGAUGAGUGAUGGAGGGCCGCCUUCAGAUGGGGAAUCCAUGCUUCCAAAUGGAUCCUCCAACUCCAUGGAUUCGAGUGAGGGAUCAGUGAAGAGUGAGACAAGUAAAGAAUCUCCAUCAGCAGUUCCGUCUUUGUUUGAAGAGGAUGUUGAAUUCAUAGGGGUUGAAUUAGAAGGUACGGAGAAAGCAAUGGAGCAGGCUUUAAAAGAAGGAAUAGUUGGGGAAGCUGGACCAUUGAAGAGGCACGUAAUUCCAAAGGUAGCAGAAAAGGAGAAAUCGGAUGGUGGGAUGGAGUUCAAUGAUGCAAACUAUUGGAGGGUGGAUCAUGAGGUCACUGUUGUGGAGUAAUGCAAGUUUUGGUUGGCACUGUCAAAAAUUCAUCGUAUGUACAGUUUAAUAUUGUUUCCAGACGGGUGACGGUAAGCUUUGCCAUCUAUGCUUAUUACUGUUCAUUAUUACUUAUUGUUUCCUU